CCAAGCUUGCUACUGUGUUGCUUCUGUGUUCCCGGCUCUUCUUAGAACCCUGCAGGAUUUCCCCACCCCCACGUCGUCUCUCUCUUUACCUCCCAGUCUGGGCCACCCAAGGCCUCAGUUCUGUGUGUUCUCAGCGGGCUGGUGGGGCAGAGCGGGUAGGGCAGUGCUGGUUGGCAAGGCCUGGGCUCUUAACUAGCUCCGACCAGGAGGCAACCAGACUCAAAGAAUCAACCCUCUCUGCUGCAGCCAGAUCCCCCGGGGGAGAUCGGAGACGCUGCGGAGCAUCAUGAAAUUCCAAUACAAGGAAGAUCAUCCUUUCGAGUACCGGAAAAAAGAAGGGGAGAAGAUUCGGAAGAAAUACCCAGACAGAGUCCCUGUAAUUGUGGAGAAGGCACCUAAAGCCAGAGUUCCUGACCUGGACAAAAGGAAGAACCUGGUGCCCUCUGACCUUACAGUUGGUCAGUUCUACUUCUUAAUUCGGAAACGGAUCCACCUUCGACCAGAAGACGCCCUAUUCUUCUUUGUCAACAAUACUAACCCCCCUACUAGUGCCACCAUGGGCCAGCUUUAUGAGGACAACCAUGAGGAGGACUAUUUUCUCUAUGUGGCCUACAGUGAUGAAAGCGUCUAUGGGAAGCCCAGGAAGAAGGCAUUGCAGACCAGAGCUGCUGGAUUGGCUGGAGGAAGUUUGCGACAUGUAUGAUUGGGAAAUGGGGAUGGCAUCCCUCCUUCCUGCCCUCCUCCCACCCUGCAAAUUAGCCUUUGUUGUGCUGGAUAGAAGGGUUGGGAAAUUGAUAGGUUUUCAGAUAGUUUCUGUCCAGGGAGGACUUCCCAGAUUUCUUACUCUGGGGGUGGGAAACCCAGUUUGAUACAUUGGUAGGAGGGGUAUGGGUGGGAGAGGCAGAAGAAAAUGCUCUAUGACUACCCCAGUAUUUGACCAAACUUGUUUUUAUCAUCUCUCCUUGGCGACAUCUCUUCCAUAGUUCUACUUCGGGCUUUAUCCUCCCCCAGUAUCCCUAUGUAUCAUUCUCAGAGGGGAAAAUGGCCCUAGAGCUAUAACCACUAUUGCCUGGCUAAUUGGGCUUCUGUUUCCAGAUUUCACUUAAAAUACAGUAAAAAAAGAAAAAGACAUGGAGUAUGGAGGAUAAAGGGGGAAUGAAUGUUCACUCCUUUAUGUCUUCUAUGUAGGUACUGGGCCAGGAACUUGCAUCUCUGCCCCACUUGUCAUUCAUUCCCUUCUUGUCCUUCUAAAUUGACAAGCAGGCCUGGGGACCAAAGAGGGGACACUUGUUUGGCAUUAGGACCCUAAAAUAUAACUCUUUUCUUCACCAUCCUGCAUAACUUCCAUCUUUCUGUUUUAUGAAGCAUCCCA